CUCGUUGAUUUCAUGAUCCCUUCUCUCACCGAUUCUACUCAGAAUCACCAUGGCCAAUUCUCUCAUCUUCUUCCUCUUUCCUCUUGCCCUCCUCAUCUCCAUCUCCACUUCAAUCCCUAACCCUAACAAACCUUCAUCUAACUCACUAACCGCUCACUCGGUACUCACCAGCCAUGGCUUCCCCAUCGGACUCCUUCCUACUGAUGUCCUCUCUUAUGACCUUAAUCACACUUCUGGACACUUCUCCGUCAAUCUAGGCUACCCUUGCCGCCUCACUCUUCCACCUGACAACUACCUCGCCACAUACUCCAAGAAGAUCACUGGUAAAAUAGUCGAGAAUCGUAUUGCCGAACUCAAUGGAAUUAGGGUUAGGGCUUUCUUCCAGUGGUGGGGGAUUACUGGGAUUAAAAUCAACGGUGAUGAUUUGGUGUUUGAAGUUGGGAUGGUGACUGCUAAGUAUCCUGCCAAGAAUUUUGAUGAGAGUCCUCAAUGUGAGGGCAAAAAACGCUCGUCUUCUUAAAAGGUGUUCAGUUAAAGUAGUUGCUGCUCCAAUGGAUUAAAUUAUUUCAUGAAAAAAUUGCCACUAUUGUAUCAGCAGUUGCUUGUUCUGAUAAAAAUGAAGGGACCAAAUGAUGCCCAUAUCUAUUAAUUAUCAUCAUCCUACUGUAAAAAAAGAUAGAAAUGUAUUUGUACCCAUAAACCAUCUCCCUCAUUUGUGAAUGUUUUCUCAAUAUUAUUAGGCCUUUGGACUCCAGUAACAUGUUCUUUUUAUGUGUAUAAUAUUUAUAAACAACAAAUAUA